CUGGUGAGCUGGUGGAGGAGCUGACGUGGCUGCUGGCCAUCAGAAAGCAGCUGUCUCGGGCAGCCCUCCACCUCUUGCUGGUCCCCCACCUCCGAGGUCUGUCUCUAGAAAGGUGUCCUGGCUUGGUGACCCCGGCCUUGUGUGCCCACAUUGCUGCCCGUUGCCAGGGUCUGCGGAGUCUGGACCUUUCCGGAGCCCAGCAGCUACCGCCGAAAGUCCUCUGUGAAACUCUCUCCCGUCUACCUGCCGUCCGAUCGCUCUCUCUGGCCGGCAUGCCUUGCGACGGGAGCGUAAUUCAAACAGUCGCCCGCUGCUGCGGCUCGUUGCAGCACCUCAAUGUGUCCCGCUGUCACCUCCUUUCCCCGGCCGCGCUGCUUCCUCUCGGCGGCGUGGCUUUUAAUCCGUCCUUUUCCUCAACCCCGUCUCCUCUCCCACUCAGCAGUCUGUCGGCUCUGGAUAUCGGGUUUGGGGAACAGGAAGGAGACUCCGUCAUGACAGCAGCCUAUCUCCUUCUCUCUCUGCCCUACUUGGAAAGAGUGGCCCUGGAGGGCCUUGGGCCGGCCUGCCGCCUCAUCGAGCAGAGACAGUUCAGCCAGGCUGAUGAGUUUGCUGACAGGGAAGGUGUCUCCAGGCUGCACGUGAUGUGGAGGGACAGGACCCGCAGGCAGGGUAUGGAUGGUCGGAGGAAGAUGAGAGAGGCAGAAUGGGCUGAUGAUGAUGAUGAUGAUGAUGAUGGAGAUGAGAGGGAAGAGUCGGAGAGUCCAUCCUCUGCGGGGGAUGGCUGUGACACUGAAGAUUUGACGAACGACGACCGGCCCUUUUGCUUUAAAACAGAGGAAGCUGUGUCCCAGUCAGGCUUGAUCCUGCAGCUGAGAGAUGUUGAAGGUGUAACUUGUGAGUCUCUGGGGAGUUUAGGAAUUUUGUGUCCAGGCUUGACCUCUUUAUCCGUGAACAUAGACAGACAUGGAGAUGCAGGUGGAAGGAGCCAGUGGCCCCUGUUGACUGCCGAUCUCCAGAACUGGUCAGGCCAGCUGCAGAGUCUUUCGCUUAUCUACUCCGGCCCAAUGGUGGAUCUCCUUCCUGCCUUGCAAGUUGCAGGUUGCUCUCUGAUCUCUCUGACUUUGGAGGGGGUGAAAACCAGCCCUCACACCCCGCUCCUGGAGCUCAUUAGAGUCUGUCCCAAACUCAGACACCUCCUCAUCUCUGCUGAGCCUCCCGCUGCGCCACAGUAUGAAACUGAUGACAAUCAACAGGGUGAUCAAAAUCUCCCAAAGCUGCCAGAUCUGCGCUCUCUCAAGCUCAGUUUCUCUUAUGAGCACGACCAAAUGAAGCCCCUCAUGUCCUGGACGUCUCUAAAGGAAAUCAUCAAGUGUCUUCUGAUUGGUUCUCCUUUACUGGAGAAGCUCUCGUUGAUCUCCCUGCCGUGCCUUCUGAACUGUGUCCUACAGGACGCCCUGCACAGUGUCAAUCUGGAUGCAGAUCUGCAUGCAGAUUCCACUGGUUCACGGCCCCUGCCACUUGGAAGGAUAGAGCACGUUGACCUGCUGCGAACAGACGUGCAGAUGAGCACUGUGAAAAGCAUGAUUCAACUGAGCAAGAGGCUCAAGUACGUGGAUGUAAGUCACUGCUGGCGGAUCAGUCAGCGAGAGUGGCUGGACUGCAGGAGGUUCAGACGCGUCAAAGUUGUCUGGGUGUAGUAAACAGAGGGGGGGAUUCUAACUCUGAGGCCCCUCUUAAAGUAGGUGGGAAGUGUUUUUUUUAAUUAUUUGAAAAAAAUCCAAAUGCCAAUUUUACACUUUAAAUUCUAUAUUUGUGAGAGUCUCUUUGUAUAAUCUAUAUUUGUUAUUUUGUAACAGACUGAUAUUUGAUCUUCCCUGUUAUGGAAAGCUGUAAGUCUUCAUUACCUGUUUUAUAUGGGCACUGGUGGUCUUUUUGGCCUACAUGUAUUUCUGAUGUGACUGAAACACAAAAAAAAGUGUUGUAGAAAAUGUUUUGAUUAUUAUUAAACAAUGACAACAAAUUCACAAUAGACUGAAUGAAACAAUGACAAAUUUU